AUGGCGGCUGUUCUUAAUGGUUUUAGUUAUACAGGUCAUAAGCAAACAAUAACUUUGGAUUGGAAAAGUAUCCUUAAAAAAUGUGAUGACUUUUCCGGACCAGUGAAUGGAUUUAUGUUUAUUGAUUUUAAUUCAAUCAUAGAACAAACAUGCCCACGGGACACAUUCUUUGAUCUUAUUGGACAGAUUGUCUCAGUUCGACCGCUUGAAACAUCAAAUCCUGUAGCAUCAAAGCAUUAUGUCAAACUCACACUUAGCAACAUAGAGUAUGUACAUCUUAAAGUUACUAUCUUUGGAACUCAAGCAUACCAGCUGUCACAAUACCUAAAAGAGAACCCCGACGGAGUCGGUCAAGCUAAAAGUCAUUUUGAAGUAACCAAAAUGUUCAUAAAUUCUGACAUUGUUGAAAUUAAUGAGUACAAGAAAAGCAUUACUUCACUCCAAAGCUACUCUUCUUCAUAUAUAGAUGACUUUAAAGGCACUUUCCCAUUAAAAACAAUUUGUGAAAUCACAGAACCGCUGAAGGAAAUGAAAUUUUUGUUAGUUGCUUCAAUCGUUAAUAUAAGACAGAAUCUACACUGGUAUUACGAAGCAUGCUACAAAUGUGGAAAAAAAAUAACUUCAGUUUCAAAACACAAUCAUUCGUAUACCGACCCUCAUAAAAUUACAGAAACUGUUGUUGUUCAGUGUAAAGAUCCAAGUUGCAAUAAUUCGGAUUUUCGUACAGUUAUCAAGUAUAUAAUUCCAAUCAACGUACAAGAUGGUACUGGCACCAUCGGAUUGACUCUUUUUGAUAGAGAAGCAAAGAGGUUGUUAGAUAUCAUUGCAUAUGAGUUGAAAAAGAUACAUGAAGCGGCUGGAGACAGUGAUGCACUAUUUCCAAUGCAACUUAACGUGUUGAAAAACCGCAAGUUUGCUUUUCUUGUAGAUAUUACAAAAUACAAUGUCAACAACUAUAAUAAUAUCUACACCAUUCUCAAGCUUACAGAAGAUGUAUCCAUUGUUUCGGAAUUGGAAAGUAAAUUAGAACUUAUGAGUAUUGAAUCUGUCUCCUUAAAUCAAGUGCCUUUGGAAUCAGAUGAUGUUGUACAGUCUGUUCAAAAGGAUGUCAUCUCACAAACAGAUGAAAGCUUUACACCAUCAACAGUUAAUAAAUCAACCGCAACAACACAGGGCAAAAUAUCAACUGAUUUGAAGCGCAACCUCCAAGACAUUUAUGAUGUUGAUUUUGGAGAUGAUUUAAGUUCAACUAAGGCUAAAAGAAAAUCAAUCGGAGAGGAAACUCCACUCUUAAUUCCAAAAGUCGAGAAGUGA